UUGGUCAUGCUGGCUGCACCAUAUGUCCCUCUGUGUCACUCUGACCAGGGAGUGACGUGAAGUGUCUCGCGUCCGUGUUUCUGUUUGAGAAGGGGCGUGUUUUUGCUAUACAUAGUUGUGAGAACUUCAGAGGUCUAUUAGAGGUCAGUGUGGAAGUCCUUCUAAUAGCAACUGCAGCACUGACAGGCCUUUCACUUAUCUGCACCUCUCUCCCCCCCGGACACAGUCUAGACCUUUUCUUCAUUCUACAUUCGCACUGUAAAACUGCUCAGUGCAGGACCGCCAUGCAGGCUCAGGACAUCCUGAGACAGCUGCGGAUUCCCGAGCUGGAUGACUUUCGACAGUAYGUUCGAGGCUUUCCAACAAACGCCAUCAUGGGUAUGGGCGCUUUCGCCGCCAUCACCACAUACUGGUUCGCCACCCGACCAAAAGCCCUCAAACCACCAUGUGAUCUUGGACUGCAGUCACUGGAAAUACCAGGAGGAGAGCGUGCCAGAAGAUCAGUGCUGAAUGACAACGACAGCGAAUUCAUGACACAUUAUUACAGUGAUGCUCGCACAUUAUACGAGGUGUUCCUACGAGGACUCAGAGUAUCAAAUAAUGGACCUUGUCUUGGRUCGAGGAAACCAAACCAGCCAUACGAGUGGCAGACUUACCAAGAGGUGGCUGACCGUGCUGAGAACGUCGGAUCGGCUCUUCUUCACAAAGGRCACUCCCCCACAGGCGACAAAUUUGUUGGCAUUUUUUCACAAAACAGACCAGAGUGGACUAUUUCAGAGCUGGCCUGCUACWCGUACUCCAUGGUGGCUGUCCCGCUGUACGACACGCUCGGCACAGAGGCCAUCGGCUACAUUAUCGACAGAGCCUCCAUAUCAACGGUGAUCUGUGACGUGGCUGACAAGGCUCGCAUGAUCCUGGACUGCAUCACCGGAAAAGGAAAAACGGUGAAGACGAUAGUCAUCAUGGAGGAGUUUGACAGCGAUCUGGUGACCCGAGGAACAGAGUGUGGUGUUGAGAUUAUAAGUCUGAAGGAAUUUGAGGCCUUGGGCAAAGCUAAUCAUCAGAAACCAGUGCCUCCCAAACCAAAUGAUCUCGCAAUUAUCUGCUUUACCUCAGGAACCACAGGAAACCCCAAAGGUGCAAUGCUCACUCAYAUGAACGUUGUCUCCAACACUGCAGCUUUCAUUCAAGUAACAAAGGAGACACUGAAGGCCAGCUCCAAAGAUGUGCUCAUCUCCUUCCUCCCUCUGGCCCACAUGUUUGAGAGGGUGGUGGAGGGUGUCAUCCUCAUCCACGGGGCACGUAUAGGCUUCUUCCAGGGAGAUAUCCGACUCCUGAUGGACGAUCUGAAAACUCUGCAGCCGACAGUCUUUCCUGUCGUCCCUCGUCUCCUCAACCGCAUGUUUGACAAGGUUUUCAGUCAGGCCAACACACCUUUGAAAAGAUGGCUGCUGGAUUUUGCCUUCAGAAGAAAGGAGGCGGAGCUUAAAAACGGAGUGGUCAGGAGGGACAGCAUGUGGGACAAACUCAUCUUUAAAAAAGUCCAGGUGAGUCUUGGAGGUCGGGUGAGACUCAUGAUAACUGGAGCAGCCCCCGUGUCUCCCACCAUCCUGACUUUCCUACGAGCUGCACUCGGCUGCCAGUUCUAUGAAGGCUACGGUCAGACUGAAUGUACGGCUGGGUGCAACAUGUCGAUGCCUGGAGACUGGUCAGCAGGUCAUGUCGGGCCUCCUCUGCCCUGCAAUGCAGUCAAACUGGUGGAUGUUGCAGAAAUGAAUUACCUGGCAGCAAACGGAGAAGGAGAGGUUUGUGUCAAAGGGGCAAAUGUAUUCAAGGGAUACUUGAAAGAUCCUGAAAGAACCGCAGAAGCGAUCGACAAGGAUGGAUGGCUGCACACAGGAGACAUCGGGAAGUGGCUUCCUAAUGGUGUUCUGAAGAUUAUUGACAGAAAGAAACACAUUUUCAAGCUUGCACAAGGAGAGUACAUCGCCCCGGAGAAAAUCGAGACUGUUUAUAACCGCAGUGAUCCAGUGGCCCAGAUUUUUGUUCAUGGUGACAGCUUACAGGCCUGCCUGGUGGGGAUAGUGGUACCYGAUCCAGACUUCCUGCCUAUUUGGGCCAAGAAAAACGGCUUCGAAGGAUCCUACUCUGAACUGUGCAAAAACAAGGACAUCAAAGCAGCCAUUCUGGAGGACAUCCUGAAUUUGGGCAAAGAGGCAGGACUCAAGUCUUUUGAGCAGGUAAGAGAUAUUGCGUUGCAUCCGGAGAUGUUUUCUGUCCAGAACGGGCUGCUGACCCCCACCCUGAAGGCCAAGAGGAAUGAGCUCCAGAGCCGCUUCCGAGAACAAAUCAAUGAACUUUAUGCCAGAAUUAAAAUGUGAGCUGGAACCUUGGAGAACUAACGAAAGGCCAACCAACCAAACCASUUCUCCAGAGGAUUCGUCACAUUUUUUCUGUCAUUUACAGUUAAGUAAUGAGGUAGGAACUGUUUCAAACAAGCAGGUUUGAAGAUCUCAGUUUAKGUAUUUAUUUUCAUUACUUUAACACAAAGUUAAUGGUACAGUUUUAUCUUGGAUUAAUGGGUUUUUAAAUCAAAGUAGGGYCGCAUCUUUACUUCCAUUAAAGCUGGUUCAUGUUCAGAAAAUCAAAGCUCCUGAAAAUAUUUUAGCUUUUUUUUUAAUAUAUAUUCCUGCAGCAAAAAAUGGAUGGAAAAUGCUUUUACAGUGACUAAUAUCAACUAUUUAUAUGCCAAGCUAUUUAACAAUUUAGUAAGCCAUUAAGGUUGAUAUUUAAUGUGAACUUCAAACCUGUAAAUAGUGUAUGUGCUGUAAAAGGAUAUUUGUAUGCAGAUUAUUUUUCUGAGACUAGUUUUAAACUCCUGCAUUCCCACGUGUCUCAGUGUUGAAGGUAAAAAGGACUGACUUCAUGGACUUGUUAAAUCCAGAGUUUAGUUAACACUUUAUUCGAGUUCAAGUGCAUUUCGCUGGUUUUUGUUUAUUGCAUGUAAAUUAUUGAAUGUAGCUACGCUGUACAUCCAGGAACCUCUUUUUAGUGCCGUUUAAGGUUGUCAAAGAAGUACUAAUCAAUGUUAAAGUUACUAUUGCAUUAAAUUUUAAGUUUAAUCAUUGCAUUGUGAAAAUUAUCCACAAGUCUGUUGUUCUUUUGUACUUAAACACAAGGAGGAAGAAGGGAUCUGUUUGUGAAGAUUURCGUCUACUCAACUGUGUGUAGGCUGCCUGUUGCUGACACCUCCCAGGCAUUAAACUGUCUUGUUUAAAUAAAUAAAUUUGUAACGUAUCACAGCACAGCUGGCAGUUUUCUGUAAGGUCGAGAUGUAUAAUCUGUGCUUGAUCACUAAUUUCAGGAGGUAAAAGGUCCUUAUGACACGACACAGACAAGGUAAAAUAUGAUAACSGGUGCUCAGUGGUUUCUCCGCCACAUUUCAAAAUCAGGAGACUGAAAAAAAGAUUUUGUAGACAUUCAGCUUUACUGUUCAUGAGAAGCUGCUGUUCGCUACAUCUAAUUGUAUCAAAAGGUCCUGAAAAUUUAAACUAGAUUAAAAGACCAGAUAGGAUGUUUCUAUUGAAAUGUAAGAUUUUUUUUGUCAAAUAAAAUACUUUUUGCAAAGUCU